AUGGACAUUCUUAAAUACAAUAUAUUACUGGUAAUUGGCGGAGUAUACUUAACAUAUCUUGUACAGCAUGUAUCCUCAUUGCCGGCUAGUUCUGCCACAAGACGUAAUAAACUUGCACCAUACCCCACUUCGGAUUUAAGGCCGUUCAAAAAAGCCUUAGGUUACCACGAAGAUACAUACCUAAACUUCACAGAAUUGGCAACCAAACAUGGAUAUCGAAGUGAAGAGCAUACAGUAACAACUGAAGAUGGUUACAUUUUAACAGCAUUCAGAAUUUUAACAAACUGUCAAGAAUCAAGUAAACGACACCCGGUGUUAUUAAUGCAUGGAAUUUUCGACAGCUCUGAUGUAUGGAUAAUUCCAGACAAAGAUACAGCAAUUGGAUACAUACUUGCCAAGAAUUGCUACGACGUAUGGGCGCAUAACCACAGAGGAAAUAGGUACUCCAGAAAACACGUUGAAUAUAAUCCUGACACUGACAUGGAGUACUGGAAUUACUCAUUCGACGAACAUGGACAUUUCGACGUUCCUGCUAUAGUAGACUAUAUUCUUCGAGUAACUCAACGGCAAAAGAUCAGUUAUAUAGGACAUUCUCAAGGAACUACAGAUUUCUUUGUGAUGACUUCACUGAGGCCCGAAUACAAUGAUAAGAUUCACGUAGCCAUCCAUCUGGCUCCUGUCGCGUGGAUGACAAAUAUUGCCAACCCUAUAUUGAAGGUUGUGUCGCAAGCAACGCAACUUCUCAAAAUUUUCUUAGAUUCCUCCGGUAAUAGUGAAUUGUUAUCACAUGAUCAACCUAUACACUUUAUAUUUGAAAUAUUAUGCCAAGUGUUCUCGAAUUCCUUUUGUAGUACUUCAUUAUAUGCUGCCACAGGUUACGUAAAUGGAACUAUACCAAGUAAGACGUUAGAGAUAGCAUUUGGUCAUCUACUUAGUGGUACUUCAUCAAAAAGUCUGGCGCAUUUCGGUCAAUUAAUAAAUUCCAAGCAUUUCCAGCGAUACGACGAAGGUGUGGAAGGAAAUGUGAAAAGAUACGGAACGUCUAUACCACCCCAAUAUAAUGUGUCGCUAAUAAGUUCACCAAUAGUUUUAAUUUGUGGUGAAAAUGAUUGGUUAUCUUCGUUAAAAGAUAUAGACACGCUCAGUUCUGAAUUACCAAAUCUUGUAGAAAAUUACGUAGUGCCAGAACCAAGCUGGAGUCAUCAUAAUCAUGUGUGGGGUGUAAAGGCGCCGAAAUACGUGUUUCCAAAAAUAUUGGAAUAUUUGGAAAAAUUUAAUUGA